GGCGGGCGCGCAGCCGGCCAAGUCUCCGGAGCCGAGCCUUCCUCCGCGCGAGCCCGGCGAGCCUCGCCGCGGAUGCCCUGUCCUGAGUGCUGCGUGCCGCGCCAGGCUUGCCCGGGUCCGCGGUGAGACAUGCCCGAGCCCGGCGCUGCACCGACCUCGACUUAUCUGUAAGCAGCCGAAGGAACCAUGGUCAGUAAGGAACCCAGCAAAUGCGCACUCACGACCUCGGCGAGUGAAGUGGAGCCUGCCGCCUGCCUGGCCCUGGAGAUGAAAUAUGCCCUGGAUCCCAACCGGCAGAUUAAGAAGCGUAAUAAAGCCCUGCAGGUGCGGUUUAAGGAUAUCUGCGAAGCGCAGAACGAACAGAGGGCCACUCAGCUCUCCUCGGCACAGCUGGGCGACAAGCCGGCGUCCUACAGGGCCACCCACCGCAAGUACAUGACCGUGCCCGCUCGGAGGUCCAUUCCCAACGUCACCAAGAGCACAGGUGUGCAGACCUCGCCGGACCUUAAGAAGUGUUACCAGACUUUCCCUCCGGACCGCAAGAAAGGGAGUCUCAAAGGCAUCCCAGCCGCCGAUGCCUUUAAAAGUCAAAACAGUGGGUGCGUACUUGAUGCGAAAGAGAAGAGUGAGGAAGGGCCCCGGGAGGAGUCCCGGCAGUGGGGCGCGGACCGGGCUCGGAAGACGGCGGCAUUGGUUUUCCACUCCGAUGGGCACGUGAACGCGCUGGGCCAGCCCGCGGGGGUCAACUGCGCCGAGCCAUGCAAAACCCCCGACCUGCACCGCUGCCGAGAUGCGCCUCUGCAGAACUCCACUCGGCCUCCCUCCCAAGAGCCCGACUACCAGCUGCACGGGAAAGCAAAGCACGACCGCGCGACCCCGGACGCCGAGGAACCCGCCGCAUCGGCCCACGGGAUGGUGUUUGAGACGGAGGUGGCCACCGUUUCCGCGCCGGCCGCCGGCGCUGGUGCCCCCGAGCUGGCCUUGUCGAACUCCGCCCCCUCGAGCGGGGGCCCGCCCCUCUGCCCCGUGGCCGACCAGGAGCCGAGGAAGGCCUCCCAGGCCAAUGGGCUGCAGGCCCCGCCCGGCGCUGCCCUGGCCUGCUCGCCCCCGAGGCAGUGCCUGUCCCCCGAAUGUGGUGAAGCGUCCCUGCAGACUCAGGCCCCGCCGGGGCAGGAACGCCAGCCUCGUCCGACAGCGCCCGCUGCGGGUGAAGAAUGCCAACAAAUCGUGCCUCACACGGAAGUGGGCGAUCUGAAAGCACAGCUUCAGGUGAUGGAGAACUUAAUCAGUUCAAGCCAAGAAACCAUCAAAGUGCUCUUGGGGGUCAUUCAGGAGUUGGAAAAAGGAGAGGCCCACCGGGAAGGGCUUUCGUAUCGGACUGGGCAAGACACAGCUAAUUGUGACACAUGCAGGAACAGUGCAUGUAUUAUCUAUAGUGUGGAGCUAGAUUUUAAGCAGCAAGAAGACAAACUCCAGCCAGUUCUGAGGAAACUCCAUCCUUUCGAGGAAACUCAGGUCGCACACUCGCCUUACUCUCAGGAGACUUACUCAACUCCCAAGCAAAAACCCAAAACUGAAUCUAAAAAGCACGGACGAUGGAAACUCUGGUUCCUUUAAAACUCAUGGUGUUUGGAGUCUAAAGGCCGUCUUUAAAACCCACUGGAGUUCAAAGUAAAUCCUUUUCCAAAAUGAACAGGACGGAGUGAACGGUGGCUGACUCGGACGCCAUCAGCUCUCACCCUGCUCACCAAAAAGGCCUUUGCAACAGAUCAACUCACAGAAGCGAAGUAGUACAUGUCACACCUUGCCAGCUGUUCUUUGCAGUUCGUGGAUGUGGGAUGUAAAACCGGAAACGGAACUUAACAUAGUCAAAGACGAUUAAGGAAAACUUCUAUGCCCGCACCCCAGAUCAGCAAGGAUUACAUUAUCGACCUGCAGAACGGCAGGCUGUCACUCUGUAACACAGCUAA